CCACCGCUGCACGACAACAUGGCCGCCCUCCAUCCCCGCGCACUCCCGCCCCAGAACACACAUCCCAUCAACAUCCCCGCUUACCGCAGCAAGCACCGCCAGUUCCUCGCCUCCCUCGCCGGCAUCCACGCCGCCCGCAACACCCCGCUCCCCCCCGCGCUCACCGGCAUCCCCAACCCCGCGUUCGAUCCCCUGCUCUCCUCCUGGACCCUCCUCGAUCCGUCCCCCACAGAACCCGGCUCCAUCCGCCUCGCAGGCAGGCUCGUCGACCUCUUCAAGCUCUGGACGACCGUCCACACCGCAGGCGGAGGCGCAAAGUUCACCCAGCAGGGCCUCUGGCCCUCCGUCCUCCCCGUCUUCGACCUCCCCGACACCCUCCCGCCCCCCAACUCGUCGCAGUCCGUCGCAGAAUUCCUCGGCCAGGUCUACAUGGCCGUCGUCCUCCCCUUCGAGGACGUCUACCGCAGGAACUCCCGCGAGCAGCAGCAGCGCGCCCUCCAGGCCGCCGCCCAGGGCGCCCUCAAUCCCCAGCAGCAACAGCCCUUCCCGUCCCCCAUCCACCCACGCGUCCCCUCCCAGCCCAUCCUCCCCCCCGUCACCUCUGCCCAGCCGUCGCCCCAGCUCUCCCGUCAGCUCUCCGCCUCCGCGGUCCCCGGGACGCCCCAACAGUCCUUCACCGCCCUGCCCCCCGUCGUCGACCUCAACCCCGGCCCGCCCCUGCUCCCCUAUGAAGCCAACGCGCCCUUUGAUCCAGACCUCGAGUCCAGAAAGCGCAAGAUCGAGCCCGAGGACGAACAAAAGCGGACGCGUCAGAAAACAUCGGGCGCCCCCGCCGGCGUGCUCCCGCAGCCCUCGCCCUCGACCCCCGCCCGCGGCCAGCCGCAGCGCCGCAAGAUCGAAUACGUCCCGACCGUGCGCGAGAUCGGCUGGGGCGGCCGCGACGUGCCCGCCAUCGCCGAGGAGCACGCCCGCGCGAGCACCCGGCGCAUCCUCCGCGACCUCAACGAGUGGGGCAGCAUCGAGGUCGACGCCCUCGCCAUGAGCGUCCGCUCCCGCAUCGCCACCGAGCUCAGCUACGCCCUCACCACCCUCACCAUCCUCUCCACCAUGCGCGGCGCGAACGGCAACGGCUUCUCCGCGAGCAUCUGCCCGGACCUCGUCGACGAGCUGCUCGACCUCGUCGCGGACGUCGCGCUCGGCGGCGUCGAGGCCGAGCUCGCCGACGCCGAGGAGGGCGAGGACGCCGCGGAGAAGAUCACGACGCACAAGGAGCUCGUGAACAAGGUGCUCGAGGACGGCAGUCGGCCGUUCGCCGCGCUCGACCGGAAACAGGGCGCCAAGCCCGAAGAGCUCGGGCACAAGCAGCGCCCGGGCGACCUCGUGCUCGCCGUGAUGAACAUCCUGCGCAACCUGUCGGUCUUUCCGGAGAACCAAGAGUUCCUCGCGCGGCACGAGCGCGCGCUACCCUAUGCGCUGCGGCUGUGCGGGCUCGGGCGCGGGCUGCAGCCCGUCUCGCCCGCGCUGUCGCUGACGGACCUCGUCGCGGUGCGCCGCGACACGCUGUACCUGCUCGUCAACCUCGCGCCACACGUGCGCCUCGCGAGCUCGCUCUCCGCGACGCCGUCGCCCACGGCCGCGCGGCUCGCGCAGCGCACGUUUGCGCUCGUGUCGUCCUUCCUCGUGGACCCGUUCGACGCGGUCACGCCCCUGGAGCUCCUGCGGCAGUCGGACAUGGUCCCCGGCGGGCCCGUGCACCCGCCGCCGGCGCUGGUGGACGCGGCGCUGGAGGUGUUCACGCGGCUGGGGCAGCCCGACGCGAACCGGCGGGUGAUCGCGCGCAGCGUCCCGCUCGGGUGGCAGCGGCGGCUGUUCGAGGCGCUCGUGCACCGGAUGCCGGUGGCGGAGCCGGACUUUGCGGUCGCGCUGCGGGACCACUGGCUCGCGUACGUGGCGAAGGUGGUGAUGGCGCUGUACGCGCUCGCGUUCCUCGCGCCGCCGCGGCUCAAGGCGGCGCUGCGGGCGGACCGGACGCUGGACGCGGCGCGGGUGCUGCUGCGGCUCGUGCGGCGGUUCACGGUCGCGGUGCCGGACGCGCUGCGCGGGCACGCGCGGGGGUCGGCGUUGCGGGCGACGGAGGCGCUGCGGGCGCUGGACGAGGAGGAGGACGCGUUUGACGGGGCGCGGAGCACGGCGGGGCCGGUGCUUGCGUUUGGGGUCGGGUACGGGGAGGUGGGGGAGGACCGGGUGGAGACGGGGACGGGGCUGCUGGGCGGGUUCCAGGACGAGGUGGUGUUUGAGAUCAUGAUGGCGAAGGAUAUGGAGAACGACAUGUUCAAGGAGCUGGACAGCCUCGCGCGCGUGGGAUAGGGCGCGGUGGCUGCGACGUGUUAUUAUUUAUGAGGCUUGUCUUGUUGUCGCUGUAUAUACCGUACCAAGUCGGUAGACGAAUGUCGUGCGCGGGGGAUCUAAUCAACGCGCGCGGUAUCUGAU